UGAUCGACGGAGAUGACGACGACCAGUGACGCUGCAGCAGUGCCAAGGCCGGCGACGGACAAGCUGUGCCGCCGGGCUUUGCUCGUCGGCAGCCUGACGACGCUGCUGCUCCUCGCGUGCUUCGUCCUCAGCCGAGACAGCGCCUCGUCAACGGCCUGGCUGCAGAUCGAUCUCACCAAGCUCAACUCGUGUACGUACAAUGGAACACAGCAAGCUCCAGGGUUUACGACGACGAACGCUCCACAGCAGCAUGGCGGCGACGAGCUCCUCGGCGGGCUUCUCCCGGCGGGCAUGGACCGGCGGUCGUGCCCGAGCCGGUACGAGACGUGGCGAUACUACAAGUACUUCCCGUACGCGGCGUCGCGGCACCUCCAGCGCAAGCUGCGCGACUACGAGGCUCGGCACCGGCGGUGCGCCCCUGGAACGCCGCUCUUCGCCAAGUCCGUCGAGCAGCUCCGGUCCGGCCGCGGCGCCGACGACGGCGGCAUGGAGUGCAGCUACGUCGUGUGGCUCCCCAUGGACGGCCUCGGCAACCGCAUGCUGUCCAUGGUGAGCGGCUUCCUCUACGCGCUGCUCACGGGCCGCGUCUUCCUCGUCGCCCUGCCCAGGGACACCGCCGACCUCUUCUGCGAGCCGUUCCCGGGCACGACGUGGCGGCUCCCCAUGGACGACGGCGACUUCCCCGUCGCCAACCUGUUCCCGCGGAGCCAGGACAUGGACAAGUCGUACACGAGGCUCCUCGACGCCAAGGUGAUCGGCCCGGACAUGAACGCGACGGCGCCGGCGGGAGCGCCGCCGCCGCCGUAUGUGUACCUGAGCUUGGGGCCGCGCCUCAAGGACUCCAUCUUCUUCUGCGGCGAGCACCAGCUCGUGCUCCGUAAGGUCAACUGGCUGCUGCAGUACAGCGACCUCUACUUUGCCCCGUCGCUGUACGCGGUGGCCGAGUUUCAGGAUGAGCUCCGGCGGCUGUUCCCGGCGAAGGAGAGCGUGAGCCACCUCCUGUCCCGGUACCUCUUCCACCCGACGAAACCCGUGUGGAGGUUGGUCGCCAGGUACUACCGCUCGUACCUCGCUCCGGCGAAGCGGAGGAUCGGUGUGCAGGUCAGGAUGUUCGGCUAUGGCUCCAUCCCCGCCGACGACAUGUACAACCAGAUCCUCGCGUGCUCGCGGCAGGAGAACUUAUUGCCGGAGACCGACGUCGACGACGGUGCUGGUGACGAGCAGGCGGCGGCGAUGAGGAGUGGCAAUGGCGACAAUGCUGGCGGCUCCAACUCCACUGCCAUCUUGGUGGCGUCUCUGUAUGCGGACUACUACGAGAGGCUCAAGUCGAGGUACUACGAGCACGCGGCGAAGGGCGGCGAGACGGUGGCCGUGUUCCAGCCGUCGCACGAGGAGCGGCAGGCGACGGGUAACUCGGCGCACAACCAGAGAGCGCUUGCGGAGAUCUACCUGCUCAGCUUCUCGGAGGAGCUUCUCACGUCCGGGAGGUCCACGUUCGGGUACGUGAGCAGCAGCCUCGCCGGCGUCCGGCCGACGAUGCUGCUCACCGCGUUUGGCCACAAGGUUCCCGAGCCGCCGUGCCGGCGGGCAGUGUCCAUGGAGCCGUGCAACCUCACGCCGCCCCUGCUGGGAGUGCAGUGCCAGGGCAAGCCGGUGGACAAGGAGGACCUGGCACGCCACCUCAGAGUCUGUGAGGAUUCUCCCAAGGACACGGUCAAGUUUUUUGACUAACCAACCCGCUACUAACUUUAUUUCCUUACAUAAACUGUUAAGUGUAACUUGUAAGACCCAUGCAUGAUGGCAUGAUGCCACGAAAAUAUGAACUACCUAGGGGUUCUAAAACUAAUAAUGGAUCGGCCUCA